UAUUCCAACAAUGAAAUCACCCCUCUUGGCUAGCCGCUUCGAUGAAACUGGGUACAACUCAGAGCGCAUUAUGCACCGAAUGGGUGACAUCGCUCUUCGAGGACGUACCCUGAAGUAAAUAUAGAAGUUGUUCCUCUGCGUGUCUAGGCUAUGGGCAGAGGUGUGUUCACAAUCGUACCUUCCUCAACGAGUUCACUCCUUUUCCAGGAAACGACUCAUUACUUUCACCUCGCAGACACUCAAGCUGUGGCAGAUCACUACCAAGCCCGAAACCCUCAAUACGAGAUCGCCACUUCAGGAACCGACUCAAUGACCCGUCUAUUCCAUACUUGCUACUUGGAAAGAGUAGACUUCGGACGAAAACUGAGCAAUGCCUCCUUGGUCGAGCCGGUUAUUACCUGGCAGCUCCCGCAAUGAACUAGGUCCCAAUCCCGUCAACAGCAAUGCGACUUCUCCUGGGCGCUCUAGGUUGACAGAGACCGAGAUCCUCGAUAAUGCGUUCGGCAUCCCAAGUCUGCCUCCUCCUCCGCAUGCCAGCUUCGGCGCAUCGAAUACUUCGAGACCUACCCGAACACCCAGCCAUGGACGUUCCAUGAGCCAUCCUUUCCCGUCUCUGUUCUCAGGAAAGAAGAAGCGUCAAGGCGAAUCUGCAGGAGCAAUAGAGUUCGAGUCUGGGGACGAUGAUACAGUUCCGCCCAGCACGGCUCGAGACCAUGUGCAGAGUCCUAUGGCUAAGAAGGUGGCAGACAAGGACUUGAUGACAGGAAAGUGUAUGACAUGCGACUCUAUGGUACGAUGGCCGAAGGAUUUGAAGGUCUUUCGAUGCACAGUAUGCUUGACGAUCAAUGAUUUAGUUCCUGUUAUUCUGGAGGCGAGACGCGGGGAUGGUCACAGAGCGCCUAUUCCAUUAAAGUCUCUCGUUCGUCCUGGCCCUGGAGUAACUCACAGAGUUGCUCCUUUGUCUGUUGAGCGGACUCGACAAAUCAUUGACCAGUGUAUAACUACAUAUCUAUUGGAGCAUUUGAAGCAUGAUGAUGGAUCAGCUUCGAGUCCACCUGGAUCACCUACCGGAGUCAGGUCAAGUUCUGAGAGAUGGAGAAAACCAUCUGAAGAUCGCCUGAGCGAAGAGGUCCAAACCCGAGGACCAUCAAGAACUCGAGCAAUACAUCUUUCUGAACGGGCAUCGAACGACGCUGACGACUCAGAGGAGCCGGACAACAGCUUGGUUCAUGACAUGAGUCGAGCACAUCUAACCUCAUACUCCAAGUCUUCUCCUGGAAGUUUUUUCGCGGAACACAUGGAGCAAAGAGAUAGACGACAGCGCUCUAGCCCAUCUAUAGAUGCGACAAGAGAAACCCCUAAUAGACGGGAAUAUGUGAAUGGGGCUGAAGCUCGUCAUCCACGCCAAGCACGUCCUCCGAGAAACAUUCUCAAACCUCUAGAAGACUACAUAGUCGCUUGCUUCGGCUCUUUCGAAUGUAUCAACACAUCUUUCAGCACCGUGAGGCCAAAUAUGGCACCAAGAGCAGCCAGCGAGGGCAAUAGACGUGCCAGCCCACGUGCUCCUAUUGAACGCCAAGCUCGUAAGGAUGUUCAGAUGUCUGAAAUGGAUGCUAAGACUCUUUUGCUGGGAGACUUUGCAGAAAAUGGUUCCUGGUGGACAGGUGAACGCUCCAAUGUUCGAAGUCCUGAAAGAUCAAGGACAUAUCGUGCUUUUGGCAAUGACAAUGCUGAGCUUGUGACCGUCAAAUCUCCUCGAAUCGAUUGGACAGAGGCCAAUGACUGGUAUGCAACUGUAGUCAACGCUGGGAAAGCGUGGCGAGACAUAUUGAAUGGUCUGCUUUUCUCAGACACCGAUAAUCUACAAUUGCGAAAGCCUUCUGGAGGAGACAUAUCUGAGAUCGAAGACCAGAUCAUGGAGUCGCAGAUCCAUACACAGAGAGUGUUGUUAAAAGUUACUGAGAGUCUCCUCAAAAGGCCUGGCCGUCCUUUGACCGAACCAGCCGAUAUUCGUUUUCUACUGAUAAUUCUUGCGAAUCCGUUGCUGUACCCGACCCAGACGCCCUCGAUUGCCAAAGAGCGAAGCAGAUCACGGUCUCGAUCACAGGACAGACGGGCUCCCGAAAUGGUGGAUAGUCUGAAUGGACAGAAGCAGAAGAUGCAGUUGCAGUCUCCAAGCACUCUGAACGUGAGCAAGGGCAAUGCAGGACAACACUCAGGGAUCAUCAAAAGAAUCUUAGGACUUUUGUCCAAUGUCUCCAACGAGUGUCACCACCAUAUUGUUUCCUGGUUUGCGAGGUAUUCGGACACACAAUUCCAGAAAACCACGGAUCUGAUUGGAAGUUUUGUCACAUACAGGCUUACAAGACAGCAUGGGAAACGGCGAGAAGUCGAGACAGACCCAACGGCUGGUCUGGUCCCCAGCAUCAGUGGCCCAGGACGAACCACUUCCGCGGCUCUACACGCUGCCCUUGGUACUUCUUCGCAGCCAGCUAAAAAGGUCGACAAAAAGCCUAAGCCGGUGGUUUACAAUGACGACUGGCAAAUCAAAGCCGCUGCAAGAGUAAUGGCUCUGCUCUUCUCGGCGAACAACAGUGGCAUGUCUAGAAGGGGGGACACAAGACUCCGCCCUACGGAUUUCGGUCACAGUGCCGGCCUUGCAGCUCGUCAAAGAGCACAUAAUCAUGGGCAAAUUAUACCAACGAGCGAUUUUUACAAUACUCUGCUUGACUAUUCGGAUCUGAUUGCAGACUUUGAAGCAUGGGAGUCGAGAAGAGGCAAAUUUGCUUUUUGCCAGUAUCCAUUCUUCCUAAGCAUUUGGGCGAAGAUCCAAAUAAUGGAGCAUGAUGCCCGUCGUCAGAUGGAGGUCAAAGCGAGAGAAGCAUUUUUUGACAGCAUCAUGACUCGCAAAAGUGUCAAUCAAUAUCUCGUUUUGAAAAUUCGGAGAGAGUGUCUAGUCGAGGAUAGUCUAAGAAGUGUCAGUGAAGUUAUAGGAAGUGGUGGCGAGGAGAUUAAGAAAGGAUUGCGCAUAGAGUUCAAAGGAGAAGAAGGCAUUGAUGCCGGCGGUCUUCGAAAAGAAUGGUUCUUGCUCCUCGUCCGGGACGUCUUCAAUCCUGAACAUGGAAUGUUCACAUAUGAUGAAGACUCUGGAUUCUGUUACUUCAAUCCGAACAGCUUCGAGACCACAGAUCAAUACUUCCUUGUCGGUAUUGUACUUGGACUGGCAAUCUACAAUUCAACGAUCUUGGACGUGGCUCUUCCUCCUUUCGCUUUCCGAAAGCUUCUUGCUGCAGGUCCUCCCGCUGCUCCAGGAGCGACAUCUCAUGCCAAACCAUCGAUGACAUAUUCUUUGGAUGAUUUGGCCGAGUUCAGGCCUGCUCUAGCCAACGGCCUACGUAAACUCCUUGAAUUCGAUGGGGACGUGGAAAAUACUUUUUGUAGGGACUUUGUAGCAGACAUCGAACGGUAUGGACAAACCACACAAUUCCCACUCUGUCCAGAUGGAGAAAAGCGAGCAGUCACGAAUGCCAACAGACGAGAAUUCGUGGACCUCUACGUGCGCUACCUCUUGGAUACUGCGGUGACCCGACAGUUUGAGCCCUUCAAAAGAGGAUUCUUUACUGUGUGUGGUGGGAAUGCCUUGUCUCUUUUCAGGCCUGAAGAGAUCGAGCUCCUCAUUAGAGGCUCAGAUGAGCCUCUUGAUAUUGCCUCGCUUCGAGCGGUAUCUGUAUGCGAGAACUGGGGUGUUCCUAAUCCGGCAGAGACUGAGCCAGUCAUUCGAUGGUUCUGGCAGUCCUUCCAAGCUGCCAAGCCGGGCGAUCAGAGGAAGUUGUUGACCUUCAUCACUGGCAGUGAUCGGAUCCCUGCCAUGGGAGCUACGAAUUUGGUAAUCAAGUUGUCGUGUCUAGGAGACGAUGGACCUCGAUUUCCAGUAGCACGUACAUGUUUCAAUAUGUUGUCUUUGUGGCGCUACGGAUCGAAACAAAAGCUGGAAAGCAUGCUUUGGCGCGCGGUGUAUGAGAGUGAAGGAUUUGGAUUAAAGUGAUGAAUACCCUUGGCGGCGUUCUUCUAGCGAGUUCCUGGGACUUAGCAUUGCAUGGCGGUUAGCUUAUCACAGCAUUUGGGACGGUUAGGCAUGGUGUUAGAAAUCAUCUGCUGAAAAGAGAUGACAGCGUAAUGUCCAUAGAGAGUAAUGGCAUAGUUUCAUGCCGCCAAAUAUGAGCCUUGCCGCUAUUGUGAACACAAUUCG